UCCGACGCCGACGAUUCCGGCGACGAGUGCUACGGGAGUCUACCCCCGGAGCCUCGUUUCGGGAACGUCGAGUACAAACUGCAGCUGGUCUCGCCGUGCGAGCGACGCUUCCAGCACCUGGUGACGCAACUGAAGUGGUGGCUGCGCUCGGGCGGCGGCGCGGCGGUGUACGUGGUGGGCGUGCGCGACUGCGGCGCGCUGCGCGGGCUGCGGGCGGGUGCGCUGCGGGCGUCGCUGCGCGCGCUGCGAGACAUGGCACGCGCGCUCGGCGCCGCGCUCGUGGGCGCGCGGGCCCGCCGCGUGGCGCCCGCGCGCGCCGUCGCCGAGGUGUACAUCCGCAAGCUGGCGGACACGCAGCAGAGCGUCGAGCUGCGGGUCGCGGUGAUGGGGGCGAACGAGGCGGGCAAGUCGACGCUCAUAGGCGUUCUCACUCAAGGUGAACUCGAUAACGGUAGAGGGAGCGCUCGCCUGAACAUGUUCAGGCAUUUGCACGAAAUGAAAAGUGGUAGGACGUCCUCGCUCAGCCACGAGAUACUCGGCUUCGAUGCUCAGGGUAAUGUCGUCAACUACGGUUGUUCCGAGCUGAUGACAGCGGAGCGCAUCGGAGAGAGGAGCGCCAAGCUGGUGUCUUUCCUGGACCUGGCGGGCCACAGCAAGUACCAACGCACCACGCUCCACGGGCUCACGGGUUACUCCCCGCACUACGCCAUGCUCGUUAUUUCGGCAACAGCCAGUAUAACUCGCAUCACAGAAGAACACAUCGGUCUUCUGCUGGCUUUGGACAUGCCGUUCUUCGCAGUCAUCAACAAGUGUGAACUGGCUAGCAACAUCAAUGCUGUUGUAGCGAGGCUGGCUCAAUUGUUGGAACCCGCUAAUAAGAAACCGCUGUUAAUAACUGACGAGAAUAUGGCAAGGAACUGCGUUGCGCCGCAAAAGUCGAUACUGGACACCAUAGACAAUGUAGACGAGGAAAUCAAAAAGGAUGAGGAGGUGGCCGUGUUCCCGGUGAGCUGCGUGCGCGGCGCCGGCCUCAACGCGCUGCACGCGUGCCUGCUGGCGCUGGCUCCGCGCCGCGAUCUGCAACGCCCCGAGGACGAGGCGUGCGAGUUUCAAAUAGACGAAAUUUUCCACGUAGGGGACUCGACGGGGCCCGUCGUGGGGGGACUGCUCGCGCGAGGGCGACUCUACGAGGGCGACGAACUUAUCAUAGGUGCGUUGAGUUCUGUUAGUUGUGAGAUGAAUAGAGCGACCGACGUAUAUUUCCCGUGCGGCAGCGUGCGCGCGGGACAGUCGGCGUCGCUGGGCCUGGGUCGCUUCCCGCCGGGACUGCGGCAGGGCAUGGUG